CGGUGAAAGACAAAGAUCGAAGACUAGGGCCAUGGAGGAUCAGCUCAAGUUUGAUGCAGCAAAGAUAUUCAUUGCUGUUGCAUUUCUUGGUUUCGCCGGACUGUUUGUACGCUUGUAUAAUGCGCUGGUGCUGAAGCCUGACAAGCUUCGAUCUGCACUGAGAAUGCAAGGCAUCACCGGACCACCGCCGAUUUUGAUUCUCGGAAAUACUUGGGAGAUAAAGAAGGCCCUAUCCACCACAGUUAUGGCUCCCGUCGGAGAAAUCCCCGUCUCCCAUAACUGUGCUGCUCUCAUCUUUCCAUUCUUAGAGCAAUGGAGGAAAGAAUAUGGUGUGUCUCCAUCAUCUUGAACUAUCCUAUAUAUUUAUCUCAAAUUCUCAGUUCGAUCUCGUGUUAUGAAAGAAGAUUGAUAGUUGCCAAAGAUGCAGAAGUUAUUAUAAG